CCUUCAGUCUUGCACAGGUGUAGCGACUCCUCCCCUUCAGUCUUGCACAGGUGUAGUGGCUCCUCCCCUUCAGUCUUCCACAGGUGUGCCUGCUCCUCCCUUUCAGUCAUACACAGGUGUACCGGCUCCUCCCCUUCAGUCUUGCACAGGUGUACCGGCUCCUCCCCUUCAGUGUGCUGGCUCCUCCCCUUCAGUCUUGCACAGGUGUACCGGCUCCUCCCCUUCAGUAUUGCACAGGUGUGCUGGCCCCUCCCCUUCAGUCUUGUACAGGUGUGCUGGCUCCUCCCCUUCAGUCUUGCACAGGUGUACCGGCUCCUCCCCUUCAGUCUUCCACAGGUGUUCCGGCUCCUCCCCUUCAGUCUUCCACAGGUGUGCCUGCUC